CUGCACUUUCUUCAGGCCUGUGCAGAGAGCAUGAGGCAUCUUAUAAAGUCUCCAUUUGAACACCCCGAUGCGGACUUAAACGAGGUAAUAAGUAUCGACGACGCCUUAAAACAGCUUUUUCGGGCGAAUCAACAAGAUGGCCACUAAACCGAAUCGCGUUGCAACUACCGCCCAGAGACCAGCACGGAGAUGCGGUCUUCCUAGUGAGGAUUCGUACCAGCGGGACGGGCCACUGUUGUUCAUCCAAAACAUGCACCGGGAGUUCUCGGACCAGGAAAUCACGUCCUUUUUCGUGCGAAGAUCGGUCUACCUUGCGUUCUUUGGGCCAUCCCUGGUACUUUACAGAGAGACUGGGGACGGUCCAGACGGGCCCCCGCAACCGCCCCGCAAGCGUAAAAGAGAACAGGAACACAGUGCAGAGACGGAAAACGGCGCGAUACAAUCAUACGCCACUAGCUCUCAUCCGGUGACUAUCGUGUUCAAGGCUUUCGAGGAUGGCCGCCUCAAGACCAAGCGCCGAGUAACCGUCGAUCCACAAUUGGAGUUGAUGACGGCAGCCCUGGCCAAGAUACCUUGA